GGUCUGGCUCCUGCCUUGGGCGCCAUCUUGGAUUUGGGGACAACUGGAGUGAGUGAGUGAGAAGGCAGAGGAGCCCAGGAGGCGAGAGAGGGGAGGGGGGGCCGGAUAGCGCCAGGCCCCCCAUCCCCACAGUACUCCACAUCACCGACCCCACCCUCUGCCGUAGAGAGGUAGCCCCUCCCCUUUCCCUAGCCCCCCGCCCCGCAGGGCUCCCUGGACCUUGGGAGGAUUUCUGGGGCUCCUGUAGAACCAGCCCGCCCCCGUCCGCCCACCCCGCCCCGGCCCCUCCUGACCCCCCGCCCCAGUUUCCCCGUGAGGGCGGUGGCGCGUUCCGCUUCAGAGGUGCAACCCUGAGUCCCUCCGCAUCCAUUACCUGUGGGUCCUUUAUAGCUCACCCCACCUGAAAUAUAUGACAGGGGCUGCAGCGUCCCACUUAGCCCGCGUCUUCUUUCCCUUAAUAGGCUUCCCUUUCGCUUCCCAAAGAGUCGUCUGUCGGUAGGGCCUCUUGUCUGAUAGAGAUUUCCCCGCCUCUAAUUUUGGAUAUUCUCUCUUCUCCCCCCCCCCUCCCUGAAGAGUCUCGGUAGAAUUGGGUCCGCUAGGAGACUCUUCAUUCACCUUUUCAAAGGGAUGCCCCCACCCUUUCCCUUUAAGUAGAGCCCCCUGCACGUCUUUGCUUCUGCGGAUCCUUUCUUCCCUAGCCAAGCAAGAGAGAGGGAGAUACUCUAGGUGCCCUAUGUCUCCUACGCAGAGGCCUCCCUCGUCCAGGGGAGCCAGUGACAGUUCCCUCUAAACCCUCUUCCUUGAUUGGAGGAGUUGGGGAAGAGGAGGAGGAGGUCGGGGGUGUACUCCCCACCCCCAAUAUCCUGGAGCUGGAGCCGCAAGGGGAACAGUAUCAAGGCAGCUGCCGAGACUUACAGGAGAAGGGCAAAGGUGAAGCCCAGCCUCCUCCACGGUCGCCAUGCCGUCUAAUGCCCGGGCUGGCAGCUUGAAGGACCCUGAGGUGGCUGAACUGUUCUUCAAGGAUGACCCCGAAAAGCUCUUUGUUGACCUGCGGGAGAUCGGUCAUGGCAGCUUUGGAGCAGUCUACUUUGCCCGAGACAUACGUAACAAUGAAGUGGUGGCCAUCAAGAAAAUGUCCUACAGUGGGAAGCAGUCUAACGAGAAAUGGCAGGAUAUUAUCAAAGAGGUGAAAUUUCUGCAAAAGCUGCGGCACCCAAACACCAUUGAAUACAAGGGCUGCUAUCUCCGGGAACAUACAGCAUGGCUGGUGAUGGAGUACUGCCUGGGCUCUGCCUCGGACUUGCUGGAAGUGCACAAGAAACCGCUGCAGGAAGUAGAGAUUGCAGCCAUAACACACGGUGCCCUGCAGGGGCUUGCAUACCUGCAUUCGCACAACAUGAUCCACAGAGAUGUGAAAGCUGGGAAUAUCCUGCUGACUGAGCCAGGACAAGUGAAACUGGGGGACUUUGGUUCAGCCUCCAUCAUUGCUCCCGCUAACUCCUUUGUUGGCACCCCAUACUGGAUGGCGCCCGAGGUGAUCCUAGCCAUGGACGAGGGGCAGUACGACGGCAAGGUGGAUGUCUGGUCACUUGGCAUCACAUGCAUCGAACUUGCGGAGCGCAAACCACCCCUCUUUAACAUGAAUGCUAUGAGUGCCUUAUACCACAUCGCCCAGAAUGAUUCUCCGCUGCUCCAGUCCAGUCACUGGUCUGAAUAUUUCCGGAACUUUGUGGAUUCGUGCCUGCAGAAGAUCCCCCAGGACCGCCCAACCUCUGAUGUGCUGCUCAAGCAUCGCUUCCUCUUGAGGGAACGUCCCCAGACAGUUAUCAUGGACCUGAUCCAGCGAACCAAGGAUGCUGUGCGGGAGCUGGACAACCUGCAGUACCGCAAGAUGAAGAAAAUCCUUUUCCAGGAGGCACAGAAUGGCCCAAAUGCAGAGGCACCAGAAGAGGAGGAGGAGGUGGAGCAGUUUCUCCACCGUACAGGCACCAUCAACAGCAUGGAGAGUAGCCAUUCGGUGCCCAGCAUGUCCAUCAGCGCUAGCAGCCAGAGCAGCAGCGUCAACAGCCUGGCGGAUGCCUCCGAUGAUGACGAUGGGGCUGAGAUUGCCAUGAUGCAGGAAGGCGAGCACACAGUCACCUCCAACAGCUCCGUCAUCCAUCGCCUCCCGGGCCAUGACAACCUGUAUGAUGACCCGUACCAGCCUGAGAUGGAGCCCCAGAGCUCAUCAUCAGCUGCCCGGCGCCGUGCCUACUGCCGCAACCGAGACCACUUUGCAACCAUCCGUACAGCUUCUCUGGUGACUCGCCAGAUCCAGGAGCACGAGCAAGACUCGGCGCUGCGCGACCAGAUGAGCGGCUACAAGCGGAUGCGGCGCCAGCACCAGAAGCAGCUGCUGGCUCUGGAGAACAAACUCCGGGCGGAGCUGGACGAGCACCAGCUGCGGCUCGACAAGGAGCUGGAGGCCCAUCGCAGCAACUUCUCUGCUGAGGCUGAGAAACUGGCCAAGAAACACCAAGCUAUAUUUGAGAAGGAGGCAAAGGCAGCCCUGGCUGAGGAGAAGAAGUUUCAGCAACAUAUCUUGGGCCAGCAGAAAAAGGAGUUGGGCAACUUGCUAGAGUCGCAGAAGCGGCAGUAUAAGCUACGCAAGGAGCAACUUAAAGAGGAGCUGCAGGAGAAUCAGAGCACACCCAAGCGGGAGAAGCAAGAGUGGCUGCUGAGGCAGAAGGAGAACAUGCAGCACUACCAAGCAGAGGAAGAGGCCAACCUUCUGCGCCGCCAGCGGCAGUACUUUGAGCUGCAGUGCCGCCAGUACAAGCGCAAGAUGCUGCUGGCCCGCCACAACUUGGACCAGGACCUGUUGCGAGAGGAGCUGAACAAAAAGCAGACCCAGAAGGACCUGGAGUGCGCCAUGCUUCUGCGCCAGCACGAAUCCACGCAGGAACUGGAGUUCCGGCACCUGCACACCGUCCAGCGCACCCGCACGGAGCUCACCCGCCUGCAGCACCAAACAGAGCUCUCCAACCAGCUGGAGUACAACAAGCGCCGGGAGCAGGAGCUGCGCCAGAAACACGCCAUGGAGGUCCGGCAGCAGCCUAAGAGCCUCAAAGUAGGUGCUACCUACACCCCGCCUUGCUGCCAGUGGUGCCCUGACGGGCAGGAUGCAAGGGGUCUGGAGCCAGGGCAGGGGCACCCAGGGGUUGUGGAAAUGGACACAAAUGAGGACGGAAGUCUAGAGCCUGUGCAGGGCCACUUGUGUGGGCCUGGUCCCUGUGACUGUGCAGCCAGGGUUCAGAAAUUCCCGGCAGAUGCAGAAUCUGAAUGUGCACACUUUGGGCCACUAGACUCAAGAGGACGUGAACCAACUGUUUCAGAGUCCGGUAGCCCUUGUCAUGAUGAUCUAGGCCGAUGCAAACCUAUCGGAGAGGUUCUGGAGCCAACUCAGGGUGUUGUUGUAGACACAGGAAUAAAAUGUCCCAACCUUUUAGGGAAGUAUAGCCAUGAAAUGGGGGUUCUGGAGCCAGAGCUAGACUGCCAUGGGCAUGCGGUUUUAGAGUAUGGCCUGGAGGAGGAAGAGGAGGAGGAGGAUCUAGAACUGGAUGCAGUGCGUAUUGGGGCUCUUGUACAGGACUGGUCACAAAAGGGGGUUGGAGAUCUGGAUGAGCAGGGUUUGGAGGCCUUGGUGCCUGAAGCAAAGUGUCCUGGGGGCGUGAAGCCUGAUUGGCAAUGCCUGGCAAGCGAAAUUCCAGAUGGGCAGGAAGCUGCAGCUUUAGAGCAGAGACAGGAGUGUCUUUGGCUCAAUGGGAAGGACGAGGAAGUCCUGGAUCCAGACAGAAAAGAAGGUUGGAUUCCAGAUUUCAGUGAAACAAGCUUGAAACAGCAUGAACACUGUGGAGAGGGAGUUGCUGAUCUAGAAGUAAGCCAGAGGUUUUUUGGGGUGCAGGAUCACUUUGAAGAGGGAUCUGGGGUUCUGUUGUCCAUUCGGGGGCGGCCAGGCGUUCCAGAGCCUGAUGGGCAAGAGGCUGAUAAGCUGGAUCCAUUCACAUGUGAGGGCAAUUUAUACUCUCAUGCCUUACCCACUGUCCUAGAAGAGGGGGCCCUGCGAGGCCCAGGAGAUGGCUGCCCAGCCCCUGAAGACCCCUACAGCCAUCAGGCCAGCAGCAAAGCCCGCCCUGUCCCACCUCCCAUGGCAGCCAUGCUGCCCCAUGCUCUCUGCGUGGUCUUGGCACUGUUAGUCUCUGCCUACCCAUGUGCGCCAACUCUCUUGCUGCUCCUCGCUGCACUGUGGGCGCAGGGGGGCGGGUUUCAGGAUAUCCUCCUGGCCCUCGAAGGGGCUCUAGUGGGCCUGGGGGUUACGUACACUUUGUUGCACUCUGUCUUCCUCCUAUCUGGAGCGUCCUUUCUCCUCCUGGCCAAGAUGGCGGGGGCAGUGGGUGUGGUGGGGCUGAGUGCCAGUAGGGAGCGCCUGUACGUUCCUGUCAUCCUCCUGGCUUCCUACCUGUUAGCUUCUCCCUGGCUUUUCCUGCCCCUUUACCUCUUGGGGGCACUCGCACGGCACAGCCUGAGGGGAUUCCCCCGCCGUGCCCGCCGCUUCUGGCUCCUGGCCCUGCUCCGUCUCCCACGCCCAGCUUUCCGCAUCCUCCAGCGCCUGGGGCUGGUCACCGAGCAGGGGCUGUUCCGCCUCUUCCCCAAAACCAACAAAGGCGGCUUCCGCAGCCGCAUCCCAGUGCUGUCCCGCCAGCGCCAGCCAUCCCUGCCCUGGCACCGCAAGGCCGCGGCCCUUCUUGCCAAGCCCAUUUGCAGCAUCAACAAGAUCCUCACGGAGGUGAUUUGUGCUCAGCUGCCUCCUUCGGCCCUGCAUUGCCUCAAGGGGCUGCAUGUCUUGCGAGAGGAAAGGCCUUCCCGCAUCCCCCGCCUGACAGCCAGGCCCCGGGGGCAUUCCGUAGGGUCAGCGAGGCGCAUUAGUAGGAGGAGAAGUGUGCAAGGAAGCCAGCCUGCCAGGAGACCCUGGAGAUAAGGAGCUCUUGGAAGGCUCCACAUUCUGUUGAAACAGUCCAUCCCAGUGGGGUUCUGGCAUCCUGGUCCUCUGGUCUCGCACACAGAAUUCUGGGAGGUUGGCCAGUCUCUGGACUUAUGGGAGAUCAGGCAGAGCAAGUGACAGUAUUUACUCUGAAAACCUACUACUUUCCAUCCAGUGUUGUGGUACUGGUAUAGAGAACCCAACAGCAAGGGGAGAGAAUUUAAUGUCUUAAGGCCGGGGACCCCUCUGAGCCUUUGAUAAGAGGAGUUUUGAAGUUGCGGGAGGACCAGAAGUUUGUGUUAGCUCCUUAUUGGUUUACACAAUGGGGGUGGGGCGGAGCGUUGUUGAGUGUUCAUUACCCUAACGAGGAAAGAAUCACCUGAUGACGCCCUUUUGAGCUGGCUGUUUGGGUGGGUUGGGUAUUUUUUGGCGCCCGUUCCAGCUGGCUGGGAGAAGAUGUGGAGAUGUGGGUUAAGCUGAAGAGAUUUCCAAGCCCCUUAGAACUGAGGUGUGAGGUGCAUGUUUGCUAGUGUCUGAGGUCGAAAGGUCCUGUUCAAUGUGCCCCAAUGAAAUGAAGAGUUUGCUAAGGGGGCAGAGGCUGCAGUUUGCAGAAUACUCAACUCUUACAACCAUUUUCCAGUAACCUCUUUUUUAAAAGUCCAGGCACUCUUGUUUCCAUCUUUAACCCACUUUGAGCAAUGAGGGGAUAAGUACGGUCCUCCAUUUCCUUCAAACAUAGAGCCCUCAAAGAAGGUAGCGGGUGCUGGUGCGGAAUAUACAGUCAUCAAAAUAAAUGGGCUUCUGUUCAUUAUCCGCUCCUGAAACGGUUAGGAUCCAUAUCGGCUUAAAUUUUAUCAUUCUCCCUCCCUCUCCCCCACUGAACCUUGUUUCAAUUGAUCUGGAAACUUACGAACCUAAAGGGGUGUACGUUUCAAGAAAUCAGACUCCUCCCAGCUCCUAAGGGCUUAACUAAUUUUAGGUGAUUCUUUCGCCGUUAAUAUAUAUAUUUCCACCGUUCUACAAAUAUAUAUAUAUAUAUAUUUAUCAUUUUCCACCCCCCCAAUUGUAACAACCUCCCUUCACUUCAUUUUUUUUUUACUUGAAUGUACAUAUUUCAAGCUGACUUUUAAUUUUAUGUUUGUGUAUGUUUGUGAUUUUUUUUUGGCUAAGUUUUAUAUAAAAUGAGUUUUUGUGGGGAGGGACAAAGAGCUAAUGUGAGUUUUUUUAAUUAAAAAAUGACUGAAAAUGGGAGAAUUUUUUUUUUUAAUUCAACUUAUUGCUACAGGUUUUUCAUUUGAAAGCAUAAUGGGCCAAUCAAGCAAGCAGUUCUCUCUCUCUCUCUCUCUCUCUCUCUCUCUCUCUGUUUUGCCCUUUUAAAAGAAAUCUUCAAAUACCACAAGCCAGAACGGUUAGGGUUUUAACCUGUUUGCUCUAGUAAGAAAGGAAAAGUUAAAUUUGCCAUUGAGCACCUCCCCAAAUGCUGGGAUGGCUGGUAGUUUUUCAGGUGGUGAACCAACCUUUUGGUUGGCUCUCUGCAGGGUCCAUUCUAGGGAUAGCAGCUCCCCUUUCCCAGGGAGCCAACUGUUUCACCUUUCCUACCCCAGGAUCUGAAUGUCCCCAUUACUCUGAGAUCUCUGCCCUCAGUCAUCCACAGCUUGAGCUGUGGCAAUGGCAUCAGAGUGCCUGGCCCUUUCACACCUGGAUGAGAUGCUUGCCUUUUGUAACACAAGUGACACCCGUGUUGAAGAAUUCCGGGUAAUGCAGAAGCUCCUGUAGUCUUGCAGUGAUUUACUCGUGUCAUUAAAAAAAUGAUUACCUUGCCUAUUUUAGCACUCUAUCCCAGCCCUUACCAUGCCUUGUGCCCACCAGAUGUUUUGGACUACAACUCCAGGCCAUACUGGCUGGGCUGAUGGCCCCUAAACAUCUGGGGAGCACAAAGUUGGGAAAGGAUGCUCUAAUCAGACGCUGCAAUAUCUCAAUCAAGUUUGUAUAUGAAGAGCUUUCCUGAUAGAUGUCGUUUCUUUGUUUUUGGAAACAAAACCUGACUUUAUUUAAAAGUCAAUCUUUGGCAGCCAAAUAGGCACUAAAUUAACAAAAAAAUUAAAAGCCAAACUGGGGAGGUUGAGCUUGAAUAUCUUUAGAGAGUAAAUCCCAUUUUUGUCAUUUGUUUUUGCAGCGUUAAUUUAGAUUCCCAGACAAAGCGAGGAUUUUUCACAUUCCCAUGACACGCCAACCGUGUUUUAUACUGUUAAAUCAUUUUGUAACUAACAGCCUUGGCGCCUCAUUUUUACAUUGUUUCCUUUGUGCAUUUUUACAUAUUUUCCCCAGCUUGUGGUCUGAUUCUGUUACUACAGCCUUUAAAAAAACAAAACAAAACAACCCCAAGUUGAGAUUAUCCCCAGCUUUGUCUUAAUUCUGCAUUUAUCUAUCGAAUUUUGGUCCCAUUUUGUACAUCAAGUGCUUGUCCUGUGUUUCUCCCUUUUUGGUUCAUCUGUGGUCUUUUUUUAUUUAUUUCCAAUUUCAUUCAAAUCAUGAAUUAAUUUUUUAGCAUUCCUCCAUUUUUGGCCAAACUUACUUUCAUUAAUCCAGAUUCUGUUUUGUCCAUUUUAAUAGUGUACUUGUAUUUCUUCCUAUUUUGUGUGUGUGCGUUUGAGCUGUGGUUUCCCCCAUAUCCUCCUUGCAUUUUUUUUCUCUGUUAAAGAUUUUUUAUUUAUUUCUCCCAUUUUGUGUGGGGAAGGUUUUCAUCUGUGGUUUAUUUAUUUCUCCCUUCCCUGUUGUGGAUGCAUGUGAAACUUUGAAGGAAAAAUAAAAAGAAUUCUGCACCACACUUCACCACCUCUGUAUUGUGAGUUUUGAGUUUGGUUUUAUUUAUUUCUCAAUUCUUUAAAAAAAUAAAAUAAGGCACUUUAAGCUUAGGAGCUGGGCUACGAGUCUGUUUUCACAUCUCUGUUGCCCCCAAACACCUUCUAUUUAAGCUUCCCUCUCCCUGAAAUUUUGCACCGUAUGUUUGUAAAAGUUUGGAGUAUUAUUCAAAACCUAAAUCGGAGGGGAUCUAGGCAUUUCAUAGAUCUGCACCCCACUAUUACCAUUAAUUUUGAGUAGCUGUAACUGCCCAUAAUUUUCUACACUCAGGGAUGGUGGGAAUGCUCCUGAAAUUAUUUAGAAUACUCAAGGAGAAGGGGGGGAUGGAUGAAUCUGGGCAAUUUUAUUAGCCUGCCUGUUUUACAUCAUUUCCAUUCGCUGCUUUAUGUUCAAAAGUGGAACUGCUCCUGCAACCCCCACCGCCCGAAAUGAACAACACCCUUGGUAGCUGAUGCACUUGUAUCUAAGGGACAUUGGAAAGCAAUACAUUUUUGAGUCAUGAAAAUGUGCAUUUGGGAGAGGCAGCUGCCUCAGGCAAUCGGUUUUUGGGUACCAUUUGGGAGGUUGCUUUGGGAGGCUGCUUUUUUUGCAUGUAGCACAACCCCCUGGGAACAUCUCUGUGAGGAUCACUCUAGAAUUCUUCCUGGUGGUUUGUGCCCUGUGUGAAUACAUUGGGGGAGGGCGGCUUGACUUGUGCCAGCCUUUAUUCUCUGCAAUCUGGAGUACCACGGAAUAAUUGCGCACACAGCUUCCACUCAGAAAUGACACAUGUGGGCUCCAAAAUAAACACAGGCCCACAGCUUUGAGGUGGGUUCCUGCUGCAUCAUAUGACAAAGGUCCCCUCUCCCAGAGGCUUCUCAGAGGUCAGCCACAGCAGUGACAAAAGUGUGCGUGUUCCACCUGCCUUACAUUAGUCUCAGUUCAAAAAGCAUCCUUCUGCUUAAUCUUUAAGCAUCUUCCUCCCUGACCUCCUGGCUGUGAGGCUCAGUUUUCCUUCUGAGGCACAAGAGUUGUCUCCCAUCCUCCCCACAACGCCACUACCUGCCCAUUCCUGGCACCCAUGUAAGGCAUCCACCCUCAUUCAUCCCAUUCGUAACACAAGGGGCUUUGGUAUUUGCUCUGUGUGUUUGAUAACAUUUUUGUAGACCACCUUCUAACCAGGAGGUGGCACAGAAAUAGAAACUCAACUUUGCUUUCUCCCAACCUCUGGCUCCUAACCGGGAAGUUUUAAAUGUUUGUGGUGCACCCCAUACGCUCUCCCCAGCCCCAGUGCGUUCCUUAAAAGAACCUGAACACUGCUUACGGUAGAUAAGGAGAGGGCAGAGAAGAGGUAUCUCUUUCAAAGGGGUGGUGCGGUUUGAGCCCUCCCCGCUCACUGACCCAAAUGGGAUCAACUGGAAGGUGCCCCAAUGAGAGUCUCAGAUAAAGGACUGCUCUGAAAAGUGUUGCCUGAUGUACAGUGACCAUUCAGUAAAACAAAUGCUGGAGACAAAAAUGGGGUGGGUUUUGAACAAUUUAAAAUAUAUAUACCCGUAUAUUCCGGCAUAUAAGACGACUGGGCAUAUAAGACGACCCCUGACUUUUGAGAAGAUUUUCCUGGGUUAAAAAGUAGUCUUAUACGCAGGAAUAUACAGUAUAUGGUUGCUGGCCUUACCUUGUGUGGAGUGUGUUUGUGUCUUUUUAGCACAGGACUAGGCUACUUGGAGGGACGCGGGUGGCGCUGUGGGUUAAACCACAGAACCUAGGGCUUGCCGAUCAAAAGGUCGGCGGUUCGAAUCCCCGCGACGGAGUGAGCUCCCGUUGUUCGUUCCCAGCUCCUGCCCACCUAGCAGUUCAAAAGCAUGCUAACUGCAAGUAGAUAAAUAGGUACCACUCCGGCGGGAAGGUAAACAGUGUUUCCGUGCGCUGCUCUGGUUCACCCGGAAGCUGUCUGCGGACAAACGCCGACUCCCUCGCUAGGGCAAGAUGAGCGCCGCAACCCCAGAGUCAUCCACGACUGGACAUAAUGGUCAGGGGUAUCUUUACCUUUACCUUUAGGAUACUUGGGGAAAAUACACACAUGCACACACUCUGAGGUACACCCCUUCCUUACUUUGCGUGAACAGUAGCAGAGGCUCAUCUUAAAAAGUUCUUCCCCUGAGCAUCUCAGUUGUGGGUGUGAGCCCAAGACACAAGCAGCUAGGACCUUGAAGAGCAUAAGGGAAGAAUUCAAACUUGGUCAAUAUUUGAUCCUACUUGGGGGUGGAGUGGGGGGUUGGAAAGUCCUUUUGCCAGUGUUGGAGCUCAUACUAGAACGGGAGUGAACAGAGCCAAGGCUGGUGGCCCUUCGGCCAACUCUCAGCACGGUCCUACUUGGAAAUUAGUUGCACCAGGACUGCUGCUUUGUCAUGAUCACAGAUAAUUCCCCUUAUAUCCUGCCUUUCUCCUAUAAUGAAUAUAUGAAGCUGCCUGAUUCCAGGUCAGGCUGCCGGUCUGCCCAGCUGAGUGCUGCAUAUUCUUGGCUGGCAUACUCUUGGCUCUGCAGGGUUGGGCCUAGUGCAUCCUCACCUUUAACUGGAGAUACCAGAGGGACUGAACCUGGGACAUUCUGCAUGGGAGCCUCUAGGAAACGCGUCACAUUCAAGUGGCUUUGCCUUCGGUGGGAAUUGUCACUUGGUUAAAUGAAGGACAGGGCCUCCCCACCAAAACCCUACUGGUGGGAGUUGUUUGUCUAACACAUGCUCCUCUUUCUCUCUCUCUCUCU